AUGGCGGCGGCCCCCACCCUGCGAUCGGCGGCCCUGUGGGCCGUGCUGUGUAUUUCGGCGCUGCAGGGCGCGCUAGGCGUGGAGUUCGAUCUGAAGGGCCAAAGGAAGUGUGUCUCUGAGGACAUUGCAGACAAGGUGUUGGUCGUUGGGGACUUUGCGCUGUUCAAUGCGACAUACGAGGGGGGGGAGGGGGAGCCGCCCAUGCAGGGCGUCAAGGGGCAGGUGAUCGUAACGGGGCCGUCGGGGGAGGAGGUGGCCGCCGAGGAGACAGAGGGCAACGGGAAGUUCGCCUUCACGACGACAGCAUCCGGCGAGUACAAGGCGUGUUUCCUGGUGCCGGACCCGGAGGCCCAGAAAGUGGCCCGGGCGUUCCUGGACUGGAAGACUGGCGUGGCGGCGAGGGACUGGGACGCGAUCGCGCGCAAGGAGCACCUCGACGACGUGACGCUGGAGGCGCGGAAGCUCGCUGAGAUCGUCAGGGAGAUGCACGAGGACAUGGCGAUGAUCAAGAUACGGGAGGAGGAGAUGCGGGACCUGAGCGAGGCCACGAACACGCGCGUGAAGUGGCUUGCGAUCCUCUCGCUGGCAGUCUGCAUCGCGCUGGGCGUCGCGCAGGUGCUCUACCUGCGGCGGUUCUUCAAGCGCAAGAAGCUCUUGUGA